AUGGCCAAAGGAAGUUGGGAGCCUGCCGUGACAGCUUUGUGUCACUGCAUCGAUUGCCAGAAAUGGACCGGUGGACCAUACACAUCGAACGCCGUCGUGCCCCGAAAGUCAUUCAAGGUGACCCAGGGAAAGCCCAAGGACUAUGACGCCGUCGGCGACAGCGGCAAGAUCAACAAGCACUGGUUCUGCUCGAAUUGCGGGAGCAGCCUCUAUACCGAGCUCGAAGUUAUGCCAGACAUGACAUGCGUCAAAGCGGGUGGUCUGGACGGCGGGCAUGCGAGCCUUGGAAACAAGGUCGGUGUCGAGUUCUACACCAAGGACAGAGUAGACUACCUUGUUCCCGUGGAUGGCGCGAAGCAGGAGCCUAAAUUCGGUUGA